UUCUGUUCUAUAUUUGGGCAACAAAAGAAUCGACUGGUGUCAGUGAGAGGAAAAUCGUUUCAAGAUACUGAGGAUUGAUUGUCUGGGUUUUCAGAUUCGUAGCGAUUCUUCAUCGCGGCCUCCAUAUGCAGCUAGAAGGACAAGUUAUGUCUGUUUCAAAGGCAUAUUAGUUGGUCAGCUUUUAUGAAUUGAUUUCUUAUGAUUUCUGAUUAGUUCGAAGCUACCAAACAUGCCUGCAUUAGUAUCAUCAAGGUUGCUCCUUUUUGGAGAGUCAUUGCCCUUUCAGAAGCUGUCUCUUGUCUCUAGAACGGCUUGGUGCCUCCGCAGGAUACAGCAUUCCACUCAGGUUGGACAAGACAGGGGUCCUCUUACUAUUGCAAGCGUGGGAUUAAAGGGUGAGUUUGAAAGGACGAACAAGAUUAAAACAGAUAAACGUGAGAAAGUUAAGCUGGAUUCAGCUAUUGAAGUCCCCAAAAGUAAAGUGAAGCCAAUUGGAAAUCAUGCAUUCAGAGCUGUUCCUGAAUCUCUUGAAAUAGAGUCGACUCCAUUUUCUGCAAAAUCGUUUUCUGAGCUUGGCCUUCCACCUCUGUUGCUAGAAAGGUUGGAGAGUGAAGGCUUCAAAGUUCCAACUGAUGUUCAGUCUGCAGCUAUCCCCACUAUUCUCAAGAAUCAUGAUGUUGUCAUACAGUCUUAUACGGGGUCAGGAAAAACACUGGCGUAUGUCCUCCCAAUACUGUCCGAAGUUGGGCCAUUGACAAAUAAAUCUUCUAAUGGCGAUAAGGAAGAUCGGAAAAAACCAGAGAUAGAAGCAGUUAUCGUUGCUCCAUCUAGGGAACUGGGAAUGCAAAUUGUGAGGGAAGUUGAAAAGCUUCUGGGACCAGCUAACAAGAAAGCAGUUCAGCAACUUGUUGGGGGUGCAAACCGAUCAAGACAAGAAGAAGCUCUUAAGAAAAACAAGCCAGCAAUUGUUGUUGGUACUCCUGGCAGGAUUGCAGAAAUUAGUGCAUCUGGGAAACUUCAAACCCAUGGUUGUCGUUAUUUGGUUUUAGAUGAAGUUGAUGAGCUCCUGUCAUUUAAUUUCAGAGAGGACAUGCACCGGAUAUUGAACCAUGUGGGGAGGAGAUCAGGUGCAGAUCCUGGUGGAUCAAAAAGCCCUCUUACCAGGCGGGCUGAGCGUCAGACUAUACUGGUAUCUGCAACAGUGCCGUUUUCGGUGAUAAGGGCAGCUAGAAGUUGGGGAUAUGACCCACUUCUUGUACAGGCCAGAAAAGUUACUCCACUUGAAUCUGUACCUGCCUCCGGACCAGUUAAUGUGGCAGGGCAUAAAUCCAGUUCAAGCUCGAACUCAAAUAUGCAGCCUGAGACAGUAGUGCAGAGUCUUCCUCCAGCUUUGAAACACUAUUAUUGCGUUACAAGGUUACAGCAUAAGGUUGACACUUUAAGGAGAUGUGUUCAUGCGCUUGAUGCCAAGUCUGUGAUAGCUUUUAUGAACCACACCAAGCAACUAAAAGAUGCUGUCUUCAAGUUAGAGGCUCGUGGAAUAAAUGCUGCAGAACUACAUGGAGAUAUUGGCAAACUUGCUAGAUCUACCAUCCUAAAGAAAUUUAAAAAUGGGGAGGUGAGAGUUCUAGUGACAAAUGAACUUUCAGCAAGGGGUUUGGAUGUGCCAGAAUGUGAUCUGGUGGUUAAUCUGGGGUUGCCUACAGAUGCAAUUCACUAUGCACAUCGAGCUGGCAGGACAGGUCGGCUUGGCAGGAAGGGCACUGUGGUAACCAUUUGUGAGGAGUCAGAAGUUUUUGUUGUGAAAAAGAUGCAGAAGCAGCUUGGAGUCUCUAUUCCUGCUUGCGAGUUUACAGAAGGCAAGCUUGUUGUCACAGAGGAAGAAGAGGAGAAGAAACCUUCAGAGGCUCUAAAAUGAAGGCUAUCUUAUUUACUCUGUAUACUUUCUUCAGUAAAAUUAGGACAACUGAUCUUCUGGUUUUUUUAUCGGAUAUUCUCCAAAACGGAGGUGUAUUGUUGGCAUAGUUCAUCCUUGUCAUAUCUGUUGACUAUAGCUUUAUUUUCGAUUAUUUCAGCUUCUCACUCUUUUUGGCUUUUAAA